UCAAGUGGUGAAUGAAGUACCUCAAAACACUCUUACCAAAUCUUAAGCUAGUAGUUGUUGCUCAUUGUUGAACUCCAUCAUACAAUGGCUUCCUCAAUGAAACGCAAAAGGAUUCACGACGUCUUCUUGAGUUUCAGAGGCACGGAUGUGCGUAAGAACUUCGUUAGUCAUCUGUACAAAGCGUUAGUCUAGAAUGGAAUAAACACUUUCGAGGAUAGUGAGGCACUAACGAAGGGUGACCAAAUAUUGCCGGUACUCAUGAAGGCCAUUGAGCAAUCGCACAUCGCAAUCAUAGUUUUUUCAGAGGAUUAUGCUUCCUCAAAAUGGUGCUUGGAAGAGGUGUUGAAGAUUAUGGAGUGCAAGGAGCAAAGUGACCUCAUUGUUCUACCGGUGUUUUACAAAGUGGACCCAAAAGAAGUGAGAGGGGGGAGAGAGAGCUAUGGGAGAGCUCUGGCUAAACAUGAGUCCAAAUUCGGGAAGGAUUCGGAGGAAGUGAGAAAAUGGAAGAAAGCUCUUUUUGAUGCCGGUAGCUUAUCUGGGUGGCAUUUCAAUGAUGAAGAUGAAUCACAGCUUAUACAAAGUAUUGUGAACAAAACCUCCACUCACCUAGCCCGACAACCUGUGCAUGUUGCUAAGCAUCCAGUUGGGAUUAAUUCCCGAGUGGUUGAAUUGAAAUUGAUGUUAAAGCUUGGAUAUGAUGAUGAUGUUGUCAUGGUGGGAUUAUGGGGACAGGGAGGCAUAGGGAAGUCAACUUUAGUAAGAGCUCUUUACAAUACUAUUUUUAGACAAUUUGAGGGUUCCUGUCUUUUGGAAAAUAUUCGUGAAGCUUCAAAAGAUUCCAAGGAUUUAGUUCCAUUGCAAGAAAAAUUACUAUUCGAGAUUUUAUCACUGCAACAAGGAUUAAAAGUGUCCUGUGUCAAUACCGGUAUUAAUCUAAUACAACAUAGGCUUCAUCACAAAAAAGUUCUCCUCAUCCUUGAUGAUGUGGAUGACCAACGCCAAUUAAAUGCUUUGGCAGGAGAAGGCAAGUGGUUUGGUAGUGGAAGUAGGAUCAUUGUUACUACAAGAGAUAAACAUUUGCUAACUUCUCAUGGGAUAGAUCAAGAUUGUGUAUACAAAGUUAGAGCACUGGAUUACAAAGAAGCUUGUGAGCUGCUUAGCAAUUGUGCUUUUCCGACACACCAAAAAUUGGAAAUUAGGAGAGAUUUGGUGGAUAGUGUUCUGAAUCAUGCUAGAGGCCUUCCUUUAGCACUUGAGGUGAUUGGUUCCUUCUUAUGUGGUAGAAAUGAAGAUGAAUGGGAGAAGGAGGAAUAG